AUGCCGAUUCUGACUCCCGCCGGAGCUUUGUCGGGCUCGUUCCGUGUCCUCUGCCUGUGCUUCCUUUGGGCCAAAGCUCAUGGUGUCAAGGAUCACGCUUGUGUCUGGUCCCCGGCCUCCUCCAAGUGCGAGUACUGCAUGACUCAGCACUCCACCUGCGUUCCGCUGCCCUGGUUCCUCGACGAGGAGUACCAUGUUCUUGUCGCCGCAGAAGCGCCUCCUCCUCAAACCUACAAAAAACUAUGA